UAUAGGAAGUGGCUUCGCAUAACGGAAAAUGAGUUGUUUGUUAGCAACGGUCGCUGUGGAAUGGUUUUCUGUGAUUCCAUAAAGACUGAGCCAUGUCGACGGCCGCAGCUGAUGAAACGGCGGGGGACGUGCCCGUGAGAGACGUCAGCCUGAACCUGGCUGGAUUCGGGGGGCCGCAAGAGCCGUCGUCAGCGCAGAAUGCCCGGGAACGGCAGGCCGUGUCCCGGAUCAGCCGGGAGGACCUGGAGGACCGCUUCCUGCGCCUCCACGAGGAGAACCUCCUGCUCAAACAGCACUCCCACAAGCAGGAGGACAAGAUCAAGAGGAUGGCCACCAAGCUGAUCCGGCUGCUGAAGGACCGGAAGCGGGAGGAGCAGGGCGGCGCGGGGGCGCGGGACGUGGGGAUGGAGGAGCUGGUGGAGGAGCUGCAGGAGCGCGUGCGGGAGCUGGAGAAGCUGAACGAGGGGCUGAGGCAGCGCCUGCUCGCCGCCAAGCAGCAGCUGCUGGUGCAGGGGCGCCGGGCCACGCCCUACGGCCACGUCCCGUCCCGCAUCAACACGGGCCUGCGCCGGGUUCGGGAGGGCACCCCCGCCCCGCCCCACAGCGCCCACGGCAAAGGAUCCCGGAGCGUGGAGCUGGACGCGAGCUCCCGGCCUCCCCAGGCCCUGCUACCCCGAUACGGACACAGCCUGCUGGAUGAGGCCAGGGCGGAGAUAAGGAACCUGGAGAAUGUGAUUGAGUCACAGAGGGGACAGAUGGAUGAUAUGGACAGAGCAGUGGCCAUGCUGCAGGAAGAGUUAAAGAAGAAGGAGAAGGAGUCUGAGGAGUUACUGUUACAUCUGAGAGAGCAGCAGAGCAGUGGACAGAGGAUAACCAUCAAGGACAACGUGGAGAUGAUCAAGCUGCAGAAACAGCUGGCUGAGAAGGCCAACACGUGCACCGUCCUGGAAGGAAGAUGCGUCCAGCUGCAAGAGAGCCAGAAGACCCUGAAGGCCAGCCACGACGCCCUGCUGGCCAAAGUGGACGAGCUGAGCGGCCAGCUGAAAGAGGAGCGCCUGAGGAGCCUGGGCCUGGAGAAGCAGCUUCAGAGCAGCUCUGUGGCGCAGCGGCGCGUGGAAGAGUUGCAGGAGCGCAUCCAGGACCUGGAGAAGGAGAGGGAGCUGCUGAAGGAGAAUUGUGACAAGCUGUUCAACAGCGCUUUCGACGUGUCCCAGGAGCAGAAGUGGAAGACCAGGGAGCAGCAGCUCAGGCUGCAGGUCGCCCAGCUGGAGGUGGCGCUCAAGUCCGACCUCACAGACAAAAACGAGAUCCUGGACAAGAUCAAGACGGAGAGAGAUCUGAAUGAAAGGCUGUCGCAGCAGAAUCAAGAUCUACAGCUGCGCUUCCUGGAGCAGAAGCAGCAGCUGGAUGAAAUAAAAGAUCGCAUGAAGUUCUUCACCAAGGAGAGCGAUAUGGACAUGGCUGAACUGAGCGAGGCACUCAUGCUUAUAAAGGUUCGAAACACGCAGAAGAACAAGGACCUGAGCUUCCUGGAGAAGGCGGAGGAGGAGGUGCAGCGGGACCUGGAGCGCUCCGUGCGGGACCUGCAGGCCACGCAGGCGGAGACGGUCCAGGAGCUGGAGAAGACCCGGAACAUGCUGAUCAUGCAGCACAGGAUCAACAAGGACUACCAGACGGAGGUGGAGGCCGUGACCCGAAAGAUGGAAGACAUUAAGCUGGAGUACGAGCUGAAACUGGAGAGCCUGGCCCAGCUGCUCGACAUGCGGGCGGCCCGCAUCGGCAAACUGGAAGCCCAAUUGAAAGACGUCGCCUACGGCACCAAGACGCACGUGUUCCGGGCGGAGGUGACGGACGAGGACGCGGCGGACGAGUUCGACGAGACGGUGCGCCUGGAGCGCGGCGAGAACCUGCUGGAGAUCCACGUGGCGCGGGCCGGCCUGUCGGCGGCGGCGCUGGAGGCCCUGGGGGACCCGGAGCCCUCCACCUUCUGCACCUUCGGCUUCUACGACUUCCAGCUGCAGGCCACGCCGGUGGCGCGGGGCGCCGGCCCAGCCUACGGCUUCACCGCGCAGUACGCCGUGCGCGUGGACGACUGCUUCCUGCACCACCUGCAGCGCGGCGCCGUCGCCCUGGAGAUGCAGCUGGCCCGCGGGCUGGACUACCGGACGGUGGCCGCCGCCCGGCUCCGCCUGCACCAGCUCCUGGACCACGGCGGCAAGGUGUACGGCACGGCGCAGCUGGUCGGCAUGGUGGGGGAGGUCCAGGCUUUCGGGACGCUGGAUUACUGGCUGAGGCUCCGGCUGCCCAUGGACCAGGCCAUCCGCUUGUACAAGGAGCGCAUGAAGGCUCUGGGCUACCUGAGCUUCAGUCACAGGGACCAGCCUUCAGCAGUUCCUCCGGUCUCUCUGGAGGCCUCAGCCGACGAGCGGAUGAACGAGCUCCACGUGACGGUGCACUGCUGCAGCGGCCUGACGGCUCGGCAGGGCGACGCCCAGCCCAGCCCCUACGUGGUCUACAAGCUCUUCGACUUCCCCGACCACGACACCUGCAUCCUGCCCGACAGCAACAGCCCGCAGUUCGACGACCACGUGGCCUUCCCCGUGCCCAUGAGCGCCGACCUGGACCGCUACCUGAAGGCCGACGCCCUGCUGCUCUACGUGUUCGACGACAAGGAGACCGACAGCCACCUGUACCUGGGCAAAGCCAAAGUGCCCCUCAUUUCCCUGGCUCACGACAAGUGCAUCACAGGCACAUUCGAGCUGACAGAUCCCAGCGGCCAGCCCAGCGGAACCGUGGACGUGACCCUGAAGUGGCGGUUCACCUACCUCCCUCCCCCCGGCGCCUCCAUGACCGUGGAGCAGGCCAAGUUUGUCGCCAAGGAGACACCAGAGAAAUUAGCGGCGACCGAGCAGAAGGUCAGAGGGCGUCCGCCCGUACCACCUGCGUCGGCCGCGCAGCAGCCGAUGCCGAAGCCCAGACAGCGUAUCACGGUGAAGGAGAAGGUGCUCAGCAAAAAGGUCUCCUUCAUAGACACCUCAGCGUCAGAGAGCACGGUGGAGGAGAGCGGUGUUCCCCGCGAUGGCGCGCGCGAAACGCCGCGGGGGGAGGCCUCGGAUCCGAAGCCCCGGCCGGAGGCUGACAGAGAGGAGGAGGCGGUGCCGGCGGCGCAGGCGCCCAAUGAGGAGGAAGGGGAGGAGGAGGAAGUGUCGCACUUCUCCGAGGGCCAGGUGGCCACCGCCAGCUCCUCGUCCUCCUCCCAGGAUUCGGAUAUCUCAGAGCACCUGCCAGCUCUGGACCAAGAUGGGGAGGACGCGCUGGCCUCCGAUCUCAACGAGUCGAUACCGUCGGACAGCGACGACUGCAUCGUCCCGGGCCAGACGACCGGCGGCAGGAAGCAGCCUUCGGAGCGAAUCCGCAUCGAGGUCGUCUCCCUGAGCCUGAGGCCGGACUCGCGAGUGGCCAGGGACCCCGACGUCGUCCGGCUGUUUGUGGAGUACCGCUUCCUGGACCUGCCGUCCGAGGAGACGCCCCUGUCCCUGCCCAAACCGCAGGCCGGCCAGAGCAUCCACUACAACUACAGCAAAGUGAUCUACGUGGACGUGGAGGAUAACCGGGCCAGGCGCGAGCUCUUGAGGUCCGUGCUCCUGGGAGAUGCCAGACAACUGGAAAGCAUAAAGUUCACGGUGGUGAGCGACCCCCCAGAGGAGGAGCAGGACCUGGAGUGUGAGGACGUGGGCGUGGCCUUCCUGAGGGUCCCCCAAAUCCUGGAGCUGCAGCAGGACCUGAUAGACACCAGCUUGGACAUUGUGGACGUGCAGGACAGCAGGGCGGUGGUCGGCAGCCUGAAAGUCACCGUGGAGGCUCUGCAGGCCCUGCAGUGCAUCAUGGGAAAGUCCCCGCUCACGCCCCCACCUCUUUCUCCGCCUUAACACCCCAAAACACACAACCCGCUUUUCACAAGCUGGCGUCUGCAUAGGUAUUUUUGUCUCAUUUAUAAAGUUGUACAUUUUUAUGUGCGCCUUCUUAAUCUCGCGCAAGAGAGACGCGGUCGCCGCAUCUGCGUCUCCUCUGCGUCGACCGUGCGCUCGAUUAGCCUAGCGCAGUAGCGCAGCUGGGAUUGGAUACACCUUAUUUGUGUAACGUGUGGCGUGGACGCGCGUUCGUUUUUUAAUAAAAUAACUCCUUCCGGCGAGCCAGCUCAGGAUUUAAACCCCCCGCGUACAGUUCGGAAAAUAAAGUUUGCUGUUAUCCUUAAUCACGGCAGCGACUGAAAAGCCAGUUAAGCCUCAUUAGGAGUUCUUGGCUAUGACGAUUUUAUUGGAAGUGGGAGACGAAAAUUGCCUGGAUUAAUGUGUUAAUCCGCCUCUUUAAAAUGCUAAUGUCCAUUUUAUGCCCAUUAAAUCUCAGCAUGCUUUUUUCUUUGAUGCGUGCAAUUUCUAUCAAUUAAAUAUAGAGCAGCGAAACAGAUUAAUUCUGCUGCUUCCAGUGCGGAUUCUUUCGGGUUCAGAUUUGCCUCGAACGGGGAGAGAGGGGGAAAGAAAACGCGCGAAACUGUUCUACGAAAUGUGAAUUAUCAAAAAAAGGCUGCAAGACUAAAACUUCAAUAAAUGUGUGGUUUUCUUAACGAGUGAAUUAGUCUAUUGAUCGAAACGGCGAAAUGAAGAUUUAAGGGUGACACUUUGUGAGAUUGUGAAAUGUAGAAUUUGAUGUUACAUUUUUCAUAUUUGUUUUUCUCUUUUCGAGUCUUUGGGAAAUGGUCCAAGUAAACAUUUAACAGGUGAUUCUGUUCAGCAGAGACACUUAAGUGUAUAGAGGUAGAUAUUUUGGUAAUAUUUUGAAUACAAAUAGCUGCCUAGUAAGUUGCAUAUAACUGUAUUAUACGUAAAUGAUAUUCUUGAUUGUUAGAGAGAGAAAUUGUAAAUCAACACUGUAUUUUCAGAGAGCUGUGAUGUGAUGUCAUUUACAAUGCUUUAUUGUAAACCAAUAAUGUCUGUAUUCAUAAGUCUUUUUUUCUUAUCAUUAUGCUCUAUAAAGACCACCAUGCUGAGUAUUUGUGAAAUGAUUUUCAAUGUAUUUUAUAUAUUUAUUUAUUAAAUGAAAUGUAAGGCUUAUAUGUUCAGUGAGAUCAUAUUUGGCAUUUGAAAAGAUACUAUUUAUUUUACCUUUUUUAACGACAGUCAGUAUGUACAUUUCAGUCAGCUAUUAUAUUUAGCCUCUUUAGCGAAGAGACAUUUUCAGUGUUGUAACUUCUGUAAGGGUUGUGUCAGUAAAGCGUGUGUGUGUGUGUGUGUGUGUGUGUGUGUGUCCAUGACGGUACAUCAUUCACAGGUUGCUGAGCCUCCUCGUUUGGUUCAAGGCUCAGGACAUAACACACCUUAACUUUGGACAGAGAGCAUGCCUCGUGUUUGGUGUUUAAUUUCACAUCCUCGUGAAUCGUUAAUUGUAUGCUGGCGUCAGGCUCAUGCCCCAUUUACAAGACAGGAAGUGACAUCGUUGAUCUUAUGGUCAAGUACCUCAGGUACCUUGUGGCUGACCAUGAGCUGCUUCCACAUUUUCCACCCUGAGGCACAUUGUUUGAGAGACAUUUUAAAUGAUUUAAAUAAAACCAUGUCUAUUGUACAGACUA